GUGCUGGGAGCCGCGGGCGCUGACGUCAUUCCUGGUGUGUUGGAAGGAGGCGGCGGCAGCUGCGGAGCCGGGGUCGGCGGAGAUGUCGGUGUCGGUGGCGGCGGCGGCGGAGCGGGCGCCGCUGGCGCUGGCGGACGGGGUCGGGGUCGGGGACGGGGUCGGGGUCGCGGACGCGGACCGGGACCUGCUGGACUUUCUGCUGGCGGAGGGCGCGGAGCUGCCGGCCGACCCCGGCGCCUGGGGCCUGCUGGAGCCCGAGCUCCCGGGAGACGAGGACGUGGACGCUUUCCUCAGCGCCCUGCUGAGCCCCUUCGCGGAGGGCCCGGGCUGCUCGGCCCCCGCGCAGCAGCCCCCGCACAGCCCCGACAGCCGGGCCGCGUCCCCCGGCAGCCCCCCCGGCCCCGACAGCGUCCAGUUCGAGCACAACUACUCCCUGCUGCGGGACGGGCUGUGGCUGCAGCAUGCGCCCGCGGGACCCGCCGACGGCGACGUCUUCAUCGACCUGGACGCGUGGGCCGGGCUGGAGAGCGCGGAGGAGACCUCGGGCAGCGAGCAGAGCUUGAGCUUCCCCGUGGCCGUGGCCGUGGAGGACGUCGUGCCUGGGACCCCCACGCAGCUGGACCUGACGGAGGAGGAGAGGCAGCUGCUGGAGAAAGAUGGCGUCACACUGCCGUCCCACCUGCCCCUCACCAAGGCUGAGGAGCGGCUGCUGAAGAGGGUGCGUCGCAAGAUCCGGAACAAGCAGUCGGCCCAGGACAGCCGCCGGCGCAAAAAGAUCUAUGUGGAUGGGCUGGAGAGCAGGGUGGUAGCCUGCACGGUGCAGAACCACGAGCUGCAGAAGAAGGUGCAGCUGCUGCAGAAGCAGAACAUGUCGUUGCUGGAGCAGCUGCGGAAGCUCCAGGCCCUGGUGCGACAGUCCUCAACCAAGACUACCACAGCCAGUACCUGUAUCGCGGUCAUGUUCCUGUCCUUCUGCCUCAUCCUCACGCCCAGCCUCUUCUUCGGAGCAGGGGGGCGGCAGCAGGAGCUGCGUGGAGUGCUGUCCCGGCAGAUCCGCGAGUUCCCGAGCAUGGGGGACGCGUGGGCAGUGGCACCCGAUGGGCAGGAGGAGAGCAUGCCCAAGGGGCUGGCCCCGGAGCCAGAGCCAGGUCUGCAGGACAGCCUCAACCGCUCGCAAGAGGGCAGCCACAGUCUGUCCAAGGCAGAGUCCCACUCUGCCAUCAGUAGCAACUCGUCCUCUGAUCCACCUGCGCCCAGCGCCUCCGUGCAGGGCUCCCAGCAGGCCGGACAUCCCCCACAGGAGCCCUCAGGGCGGAGCUCCCUGCCCUCCACAGUUCCGGUAUCCUGGGAGGCCAAGAAGCAGGAGUGGGUGGAGCGCAGCACCAGCGUCAUCAUCCAGCAGCACCACGCGGACGAGAUGUGAGCGCCCAGUCAGGCCCGCCCAGCGCAGCCUUCUUCACUGCAGCGCUGGGUGCCCCGCUGCACCUUCUCCAGCAGUGUCGGCCAGACUUGGACUGUGGGGGCCAGGGCCUCUUUGGGCAGUGGGGCAGAGCUGAGCGGGGAGGUCCGUGGCCCCCGGGGUCAGGGAGACCCCCACAAUGUGCUGAGCUGCAGCUGCCUGGGGGGGAACGGGCACCGGCAGCAGGUUCCCCUGGCCCUUUGGAGUUGGAGCCUGGUGCCUGGGCUGGCACCAGGCUCUCUUCUCUUAACUGGGCCCCAGGACAGCCCUGUUUCCACCACACCCCACCCCUUUGGCCUGGGCACCGUGCCUGGGUUGGGAGGGCCCUGCAUGGUGCUGUGCCUGCUACUCCCAGGUGCUGCCUGGCUCCUGCUGGGCCAGGUGCCAGGGCCACUAUGGGGACCCUGGGGCACAGGAGAGGCUGUGCCUCAGGCUAGGCAGACCCAGAGCUCCAAAGCCAUGGCCUUUCCUGCUUGUACAUAGCUGUGUUGAUGACCCAUGGGGGCUGGCCAUGCCAGGCCUGCAGGGACCCCCCCCUCCAAUUGCAAUGAAGCACCAAUAAAGCGAUACCCCCCUGUA